AUGUCGCCUACCGCGACCAACUAUGCUGUGGCACAAAGGAACGAUGCAGCAUGCAACGUGCAUGUUGUACAAUGCGCCACGGGUUCCAUGCCUUGCCCUGAGAGCGCACUGGACAACAGCACAAAAAAGCAUUACGGCGACAUCUCCGCCGGGUCCGAAGAUGGAUCCAAGGCAAGCUGUGGCGUAAGCUCGGACUUUUCCAGCGGGUCGACGUUCGAUGCUCUCUGUUUCGAUCACAUAACCGCCGGCUCGUAG